UGCGGUCCCGGCAGCCGCCACAGAGCCCUUCCGGGAGGAGGGUGGCGGCGGCCGCUCCUCUGUCCCGCUGCYGGUGACACGUCGCUGUGUUGUGCACGAUGGCUGAGCCUUUGUCUGAAUCUGAAUCCGUAGUCUUGGCUUUUUGUGCUCGUGAUAAAUCUUGGUGUGAACUGGGUCAUGGAGUACUUAUGCAGCAAUCUUCACACCAACCUAGAACAGAUAUUGACCCCUGUGAAGUGUGGUGCAGUCAGCCAAUUGACAUGUUAAGAGAAUAUUGCAACAUUAUUAAAAUACGCAUCUUUUGGCCGCUUCUCUUCAAAAGUGAGAGUAAUUCUUUGGUAGCUGACUGGAGCAGUUCACUGUUUCUAGAUCAGAACUGGAGGAGACUUUAUGAUUUAGAGUUUUUGGAAGACCUUAUUGAUUUAAUUAAGAAAGUUGCUAACGUUCCAUCUUUUAUCAGUCGUAUACUGAGAAUUGGUAGCGGAAUAGAAAAUGGUUUCUUGGAUGUUAGCGAUGCUCUUGAUUGGGUCAGGAAUAUAGGUGAUGCCAAUAUCCUGCAGAAGCUGGAGGAACUUGGUGAUUAUGGUCGAAUCUGUCUUGAAAUUUUUUUUUUUGAAUGCAAACGUUAUAUUACUAAAGUUGCAUUAGAAGGGUGUAAUUUAGUUGAAGAAUUUAAAGCUGUGACCUGUGAAAAUUGUAGGAAGAACAGUGAAUCUAUGAAACAGAAAGGAAAUGAGGAAUUUUCCCAAGGAAACUUCUAUUGUGCUAUUAUCUCAUAUACAAAGGCCAUAGAGUUUUGUCCUGCAAACCACCUUCUUUAUGGAAACCGAGCUCUUUGCUUAAUUCACACCAGACAAUAUAAGAGAGCCCUCACUGAUGGAAAGAGGGCCACUGUUUUGAAGCCGGAUUGGCCAAAGGGUCAUUACCACUUCUGUAAGGCUCUGUCUUUACUGGGGGAACAUGAAUUGGCUUUGGAAGCUAAUGAGAGAGCUCAGAAACUGUGCAAGAAUAUUCUUGAAGGACUGAAGGAUCUUAUACAGCAAAAUGACAAGUUGAAGAAGACAAUAGAAGAAAUCAGUGGUAUUAAAGAAUAUAAGCCGAAACCAAAGAAAUCACUUCUUGAGAAAAAAGAUUGCAGUUCUCCAGAAUCUCAUUUGGUUGUUUCUCAAGAACCAAAAGAAAUAGAAAAAGACAAGAAGAGAACACAGUCUGGUCCUAAAGAUCAUCAGUGUCAUCAAAGACAUGAUACCAGGGUAACCAAUACACAAAGAACAGAAAACAAAAGUUGGUCUUUGGAGUUUCUACCAGAUCAGAGUCACCAAUGCAAAGGAAAAUCAAAGAACAAAACCAGUGAUUCUGAAAAGAUGAGAGAGCACCUUGAUUUGAAGAUAGAGUGUAAAACUGUCGAAGACAAACUCUUCUGUACGGUGCAACAGGUGGAUUUAACUGUGUUGCCGGAGAAGAUGAAAUCUCUUGUUCGUGAAGGUUAUACAGCCUUGAUGGACCAAAGGUGUCGCAUUGCUGAACAGGUCUUUUCACAGCUGCUGAGCAUGCUAAGUCCUUCCGAGUUAAAGCUGCUGAACCUUCGUGUUAUUAAUUAUGUUAUAAUCAUCUAUGGACACGCCACUGCCCUUCUCGGCAUAGGACAGCCUGAGGAACUGAUAAAAGCAGAAGACCAGUUCAAAAAAAUAAUUGAACAGUACCAGUCAGAAAGAUUUGAUUGUUUGGCCUACUAUGGAAUUGGAAGAGUAUACCUCAGACAAAACAGAUUUGCAGAUGCGCUGGAUCAGUUCAUGAAAUCACAAACGAUGGUUAACCACAAGAUUGUACCUGGAGUGUUAACGUGGCCCACAACAUCGAAGGUCAUUGAAGAGACCCGGACAGGGAAUUUACAGUUGAGGUUGAAGCAUUAUAUUGAGGAGUGCCGGUUUCCUCCGGAACCAGAUGCCGUUUGCCGUUACCAGCAAUGCCAGGGCCACUCCAAAGUGCAAAUAUUUUUUACAGACCCAGGCUUUAAGGGCUUUAUACGUAUUGCUUGCUGUCAGCAGUGCAAAGUGGAGUUUCAUAUCAGCUGCUGGAAGAAACUGAAAACUACAAAAUACAGCGAUAGGAACGAUAAGGAUUUUCUUCAAGAGUUAUGUUUCACUCCUGAUUGUACAGGCCUUAUUUCAAAAAUAGUUAUUUUCAAUUCUUCUGGUCUGAUAAAAUGUGAAUUUGAACAAAAAAUCUCAAGAACUAAGAAGCCUCCCAGGGCGAGUAUUAAACAAAAAUGUUCAAGUCUUAGGAAGUUGAAAAUGAAACAAGAAAAAAAACUUCGAAGAAAACGUGCACGAGAAGAGGCCCUGAAUUCUGCUAAAAGGAAAACAGAAGAAAAGCAAGGGGGAAGUGAGCCAUCACAGUGCAAUGGUCACAGCGGUCAUGUCCAGUCCAUGUAUGCUGGUGACAGAGUCCUGCAGUGUAUUAUUCAGAAUGCUGAGAAAAUAAAAACAGCUGUUCUUGAUGUUUCCARACUAUUAAAGGAAUUGCUUUCCUGGUGUGUCAUCAGUGGGGAGGAUUACAUGUCAUAUUCCAAAAUGACCAGCACGUCACACRAAGUGAUGGAACAGCUCAUCAAUAACUUAAUUCAGGAAAAAAACAAAGUUAAAACAAGGCUUUUUGUUCAUGUGCUAAGUGAACUGGAAGAAGUAGAUCCCAAGUUGCACAAGUGGAUGAAACAUCUCAACAGUUUGGGUUUGAAAGCUACAAAGACCUUUCUCCUUCAGUAUGGGCAUUUUUUAAAAGAGCUUGAUCUUAGUAUUUUAACYGCGCUCUGGAAUGAAAAAUACGCUAAUAAACUGGACUAUGUGAUGACCAGUUUUGAGGACAAAGAAAUCCUUGAUUAUUUCCUACAAGCGCCUUUGGAAAAAGCCCGUUGUUUUAUAUGGCUUUUAGAAGAUAACAGAGAAAAAUAUCCAUUUCUUCAUCUAGCUUUAGAUGAAUUCUUUGAUAAAAUGGGUGACCCUACCAUUAUAUUAAAGAAGCAGGAAAAUGAAGAUAUUUCAACUAACAGUAUCAAAGUUAAAAACAAAAACAGAAAAAAAAAGCCAAAAGAGUCACGGUCUGUUUUAGUAUUGUCCAGUGGAGUGAGUACAGCACCACUAGAAGAAGAAAAUAUAUUUAUAGAAGAAGAUACUUUAGACUUUAUGAAUCCUUAUGAACCAUUUGUAAUCCCAGACUAUCUUCAAAUGGAGGAAUUUGAGGCUCUCUGUGAAGUUUCAAAUAGUAACAGUUACCAAAGYGUUUUGGAUACUCACCUGGAUCCAACCUGUGAGAGUUUAUAUGACUAUUUUUCUCAAAUCUUGGAAGCGCAUGGUCCCAUGGAAAUUACUGAUAAGUUAUUAGUUGGAGAAUACGAAGAUUUCCCCGAAGAAGCUCGCAAAAUUGUUGAAGAUGCAGGUGGUCUGAAGCCCUUUCUGCUGRGCUCCCUUCGCUUCGUUAUGAUCGAUAAUGUUAUUGGCUUACUAGGGCAUGCAGCGCUGAUUAAAGAAAUUACCCAUCUAAAUGAGUGCGGGGAUAAGGAAGCAGGAAUCUCUACAUGCUCUGAUACUCAAGGAACUUCAUCUCGGAGCAAAAUACAGUUGAAUCCAACUGCUAAGGAAUUCAAGCCACUGUCCUACACUCAACAGCCUCGUGUUUCAUCCUCUACUGACAGAUCAGACACAAGCUACGAGAUCCCCGAAUAUCUGGCCUAUUCGYUACCUGUUUCAUACGAAUCAAUGCAUUUUUUCCAUAGUCAGAAUAUGAAUACCAUCGAAAACGAGCCUUCCUUUUUGGAUGCUGUGAAUACCAUAGAAAAUGAGUCUUCCUUUUCAGAUGCUUUACUGGACUGCCUUGAUACUAAAAAUCUGGAUGCAUCUUUGCCUCAGACUUCGCUGGGUUAUCAGUAUGAAGGAGUUUUGCCAGAACCUUUCCAGAUGCCUCUCGCUUCAGAUUUUGCCAAGCAACCUUAUGUUUAUGGUGGUCACGCAGCUCAUCAGGAUUAUAGUGAACCAGCAGUUACAGAUGCAAAUGUCUCUGAUGAUAAUUUUACGCCAACUGAAACACAGACGUGCAGAGACCCUCAGGGCCUGCCCCAGAACCCGGAUAACGCCCUGGCUGAAGACAGCUUUGCUGCAGCAAAUAGUAUGAGUGAAGCUGAGCAUUGCGUGCCAGCUAUCAAGGUGGAAAAAGAAAGGAAAGGGAAACCUUUAAUGAAAAACAAUCCUCAUACAAAGAUGGUAGCUUUUCAGGUAACUCGUGAAGUAGCUGACAGGGAAACUAAUACCUUGCCAUUUCAUCCUUUUGAAGUGCAUCAGGGAGAUAUGCUGCGUAUGGAAAAGGAGCACCAGGUAUUAAAAGAACAACUUAAAGAAGCACAGGAAAAAUACAAACAGUUACAAGGUCGAAGCUCAGAGGAAAUCAGCGUUUUAAAAGAGCUCUUAAAAAAAAGUGCAGAAAAAAUAGAGAUAUCAAGGAGYGAGCUGGAGUGGCUGGAUCAAGAUCUAGAAAAAAGGAAGAAAAAAUGGCAGCAGGAGAAGAAAGAAAACCAAGAGAGCUUAAAAGCAGUAAGGCACAGCAUCAAAAAGCACACUGAGUCCAAUGACACGUAUUCUAAGAACAUUGAGGAGAAGGAAAAGCAGUAUAAGCUGUACUUCAAUACAUGCCUCGAGACCAGUAAUAAAUUUGCUAAUGAAAAAGGAAAACUGGAAGAACUUAUAAAAAAGAGCCAGGCUGACUGCCAAGAGUGGGUGAAAAGAGCGAUAUCCGCAGAGGUGUCAGUACUCCAAAACUGGAAGGAAGCGGAGCUGUGCAGGCUGCACAGCGCGGCUGCCAGCGCGGAGGCCGCUCUCCGGGCGCUGAAGUCGGGGGGCAGUUCAGCAGCGCUAUUACCCCAGCAGAAGUCACAAAUAGAUUCUUGGGAAACAUUUCUUCUAAGUAUUAAGAAACAAAUGGAAGAAGUAGAGUCUCAAUAUGAAGAAAAAAUUCAGAUGGUGAAAAAUGGUGCCAGGAACUGCCUCACCAAAAGGCAGGCGGCAGCGCUYCCGCCUCCUCCCUGUGUCCUGGUACGUACCUUGCAUCUCCAAGCCACGUGCUCCCAGGCACCCAGGAGGUUCAGCUUGGCUGUCUUUCCUAAGCCAGGUGCGUUAGAACCAGGAUUUGCAGCUGUGAGCACAGGGUCACCCGGCCCUGCUCAUCUCCAGCUUAACCGACGUAGAGCAGGGCAGCAGAGCYGGCCUCCCCUCGGCGACCCGGCCGUUGUCUCCUACUCGGCUGCGGUGCCGCCACCUCCCGCUGCUGCCUGCGUGGGUGCUGCGGGUGCCGCGGCCCCUGCGAGCGGCAGCGCGGCCCCAGCGCCCGCCAGCCCCCUGGAAGGAGCCCGCUCCGGUGGAGCCUCGGCAGCGCCUCCGGCCCGYGCCCCCGGAGCAGCUUCCCACAAGGGCCGGCCCAACCAGAGCCGUCCAGGGGACGCGGCCGCCCAGCUGGGGCCACCCGCGCCCCCCAACAGCAGAGGGCUGCCCAAAGCGUUUGACAGAGUCAUUGCCAGUCUGCAGGCCAUCUUCCCAAAUUACAGCAGUUCAGACUUGGUCAACUUCGUAAAAGAAGUUCAGAUGCAGAACGGAAACACGCUGUCCGGCCUGGGCUUGGAGGAGAUCCUCGGGAGGGUGACGGAGCUCAUUCUGGACCACCAAAGCAAGGCUCCAGCUUCAGCAGGGAGCRCUGCGAGGUCGGUGCCUCCCGCCGCCCUAGGACAGAGCGGAGCUCGAGCAGCAGCUGCGGAGCAGCCUGUGCCCAGCCCGGGCCAGGCAAGGCCUAGAAGCGCCACAAGUCAAAACCCACAUCCAUCUCGGCCCAAUUCCCAGCCCUGGGGAAAGAUUGGAGCAACAUCCAGGUCCAAAUGGAAAAAGUCAGAUGAUCCGGCCUCCGACAACGAACUCUGCAUAAUAUGUCACGAGGAGCGAAGCAGAGACUCGUGUGAGCUGGAGUGUGGACAUCACUUUCACAGAGAAUGCAUCGGAACGUGGCUCAAGGAACAUUCGAGCACCUGCCCCAUCUGCCGUGUUCACGCGCUGCUACCCGAAGACUUUCCUGAACUUUCUCCGCGAAACAAAYACGUUUAACCUCGCUUUAUUUGAUCAAACGCUAAGGAAAUGCACUGGUACUGCACUAACUAACCACCACGAUAGGGAAAGCAAAGCAGGGGUGAGGGGAGCCUAGGAAAGGAUGUCGCCCCGGUUGGCUUGCAGAGAGCAGCACACGCGGUGCCCCCCGCGCUACUGGACACGGAGCUGCCAGGCGGCCGCUUUGGAGCUGCCGCAGGCCCAGAUCCCUAAAUCCAAGUGUCGGGAGCCGCCGCUCAGGCUCUUGGCUGAGGGCUCUCUGACCUCCCUGUGGCCUUCCCUCGGCACAGGGUGAGGCCUGGGCACAGCUCCAGCAGGGAGGGAGGCUGCCCUCCAGAGCUGACAUGUUACAAAUAAAAUGUAGUAUCAUACAGUAGGUGAUGUGCAGGACACGCCAGCAGUCUUCUGGACAGCCCAGCUUUGACUUCUUCCUCGUCGUUUUUCCUGGUAAUGAUCAUGAAAAGCCUAAUUACAUUAUAAAUGAAGUUGAUAUUAUUGUGGCUCUAGCCUCUGUAUAAAUCAUCAGCUCAAAUUAAACCCAUUUAAACAAUUUCUUUUAGUACUAUUUUGAAGCAAAAAUAAAAAGCAUUUAAGCAUUCUUAUGACUUUGUUGCAUAGCCUUACUUGGGCUUCCUGGGCUCAAUCUUGCUCAGCUCAGCUCUGCAGGGGCCUCAAAUUUCCCUCCUCGGUCAAGAGUUGAUUUGUUUCAAUCAGAACUACAGGGCUUUUAUUUCUGGUGAGGCAACACUGUUCAGGUGCAUUCUGUGCAGGAAUGCUAAGAGUGAGGUAGAGAAGCGAAACAGCUAAAGGGCUGGAAUCCCUCCCUGU